AUAUAUAUAUAUAUAUAUAUAUAUACACACAUGCUACAAAAAUCUAUUACAGUUCUACCUAAGUUUUUGCGCAUUUUUAAUCAAGAAUAAAUAUUAUCGUUCUUCUAAUGUCUUUUGUAUUUAAAUUAACUUCUCUCGAUUCUUAAUGAAAAUAGAGUACUUGUAACUACAUAUACAUAAAGAGAAAAAACGUAUGCACAAUGCAUGCUACAAUAGCGAUAGCGAUUUAUAUACAUAAAAUGAUUGUUAAGAUGCAGUUGAGUACAUUUUAAUACUCGUGUCAAUUUAAUGUUGGGUUUUGUGUCUGUAAUAAUACUGAGGGUAUAUGUACAAACUAUCACAAAAUAUAAGAAAAUGUCACAGCAUGUAUAUUUCAUCUUACGCUAGUAUUUCUUAAUCUGUAUUCGAGACUAAGCCCGGGAUUUAAGGAAGUACAAAGGAAAGUGGCGACUAUAUAACUAGGUUUCCUUCCAUAGAACUUUACGUUUCACUGUACAACGCUGAUCAUUGUGUAUCAAUCGUUCGUUAAGGAUAAUAGCAUACAAUUAUUUAAUGUUACUAAAUAAUAAUCUUUUUCUUUUCUUUUCGAUCGACACCCAAUUGAGGAAGAAUUGUGAAGUAUAGCAUGCGAGUGUUUCAAAUUUCUACGGGGAAAUUUCUGCAGAAAGCGAUACAGAAGAAGGACGCGCCGAUUAUUAUAUAUUAAUAAUUAUGUAAUGAAUUAACCAAUGCUAACAGUGACGUUGAGGAUUACGAGAAACGUCGAGAAUAGCAAAUGAUUAAAGAAAAAAACGAAAACUCGAAAUAAUAAUAAAUAUUAUGUAAAACAAUGCUUGUAUAUGAUACUAUUUCCUGAAUAAAGUAGCUGUUUGCCUCGUAUCUGUGCAGUGUAUUAGGGUAAGUGUGAUAUCGGUUACGGUUAAAAAAGUAAGCGAGAUGUAACUUGUGACUGUGAAUAAUAAUAAUAAUAAUAAUAAUAAUAUGCAAUGCGUGUUUCCGUAAUAUAUUUUGUAAGCGCGCCUUGUAUCUCUCCUUUUCUUUCUAAGUAUAAUAUAUUAGAAUAUAUUAGAUUGAAAAUUCUGUCUGGUCAAAUAAAAUAUUAAAUGCAAUAUAAAAUAAAAACAAAAUAUAUAUGGAGGGGGUGAGAAAAUUUAUUGAUAUACCAUUAUCGACAAGUACAUAUAAAUAUCGCAUAUAGUAAUUGAUGAUUUUUUUGCAAAGUUUGUCGAAUCGCAUCGCGUGACUUUUUACGAGGCGAGGACGUAACGGAAUGCCGUUCAGCUGUUCGGUUGCCACGCCUCAACUUGCUCCAUACUUCGAUUCAUCAGCUCCCCUCCUUUCCGCGUCUACCCGCCCUACGUUGGCUCCGUCUCUAAACGCGAUAUCCUGUACAGUCCGCGCGUCUGCGCCCGUUCCCUGAGAUUCCCUGUCACGCCUGGACGUGGUGCAACCGCACGACGCUUUCGAGGGCUACUGUAGCGACGGCGAUCAGACAACUCAGACCUCAGACCGUGACGAGACGCGCCAAACGUAUCGAACGGCAUUCGCACGAACGAUGCGGACACGUCCGUGACCGAGUCCGUAACCUGUCUGUCUCUCCCGUCAGCCCCGCCGCGAACGAUAUCCUUCUCUUUUGAGACGUCCCGACGCAUCCGCGCCUGCUGCACGUGGUUGGGAAUUCGGCCAAGUUGACCGUGACCUUCGAAACAAAGCGCGAAACUGUGUCCACGGUCUCACGCGUCCAACAUGUCGAGCGAGAGCGUGAAAACGUUUGGGAGCCUCGAAACGCCUGGAUAUGUGGGAUUCGCGAAUCUGCCGAAUCAAGUGCAUCGGAAAUCCGUGAAAAAGGGUUUCGAGUUUACGCUCAUGGUUGUAGGAGAAUCCGGCCUUGGAAAGUCUACCCUGGUGAACAGUUUGUUUCUCACGGAUUUGUAUCCUGAGCGAAUAAUUCCUGAUGCAGUCGAGAAAACCAAUCAAACUGUCAAACUUGAUGCUUCGACGGUCGAGAUUGAAGAAAGAGGUGUAAAACUCAGAUUAACGGUCGUUGAUACCCCUGGUUAUGGAGAUGCGAUUGAUAACACGGACAGUUUCCGAGCCAUCAUUCAAUACAUAGAUGAUCAGUUUGAGAGAUUUCUUCGUGACGAAAGCGGCCUAAACAGGAGAAACAUUGUGGAUAAUAGAAUACAUUGUUGUUUCUAUUUCAUCUCUCCAUUUGGCCACGGGUUGAAGCCACUGGACAUUGAGUUUAUGAAGCAACUUCAUAACAAAGUUAAUAUAGUACCUGUAAUAGCGAAAGCCGAUGUACUUACCAAAAAGGAGGUCUUACGCCUGAAAAAGAGAGUCAUGGAGGAGAUUGAAGGCAAUGGAAUCAAAAUAUAUCCCUUACCGGACUGUGAUAGUGACGAGGACGAGGAUUACAAGGAGCAAGUACGUCAAUUGAAAGAGGCUGUCCCGUUCGCGGUGUGCGGCGCGAAUACUCUGCUUGAGGUCAAAGGGAAGAGGGUACGCGGCCGAUUGUAUCCGUGGGGUGUCGUCGAAGUGGAAAACCCCGAUCAUUGCGAUUUUAUCAAGUUAAGAACGAUGCUGAUCACACACAUGCAAGAUUUACAGGAAGUAACGCAAGAAGUACAUUACGAGAAUUAUCGUAGCGAGAGAUUAGCGAAGGGAGCUCCGGUACCCCCUCGACGUCAAACCAUCGCGGAAACCGACAAGAACGGCACCGUGUCGGAGAAGGAUCGCAUUUUGCAAGAAAAGGAGGCGGAAAUACGGCACAUGCAGGAAUUGUUGGCUGUGAUGCAAGCGCAGAUGCAACAACAGCAACCCUGAUCGAAUAUGCAUUUGUGUACCGACGUAUAGAGCAAAGAAAACGACUCUUCCAUUGUUACGAGUGCCAAAAAAAGAUUUAUAAAACUUUUUUAGUGGCUCACGCGAUCACGGGGUUUUGAUUUUCGGGCAAUAUUUUUCUAAGUUUACCUUUUAUUAGGGCAAUCUUAUUUUGAUACGCGUUUUUUGAUACGCGUUUUAUAGACAUAUAUCUCAUAAGAAUAUCAAAAUACUAAUCGUCUUUUGAUAAGCAUAUAUUGUCGAUGUGAGGGCUCGUGACGCCUCUGUUAGCCAUUCGCUGCCUUGUCCAGAAAAACAAAUAGACCAACAAACUCGAUCUGAAAUGACAUAAUAUGAAACAAAUGUUUGCAUAUCCAAUAGGUCAAUAGGUAAGGCACUUGAGUAACUUGUUCCUUUUAACAAAAAUUUACUCGAACGAGAAUCACUUUAUCUCGAAGAUUUUACUGUGCGAGUACUUACUGAGAAUCUUAUUGUGAUUCUUUUUUUUUUUUUAAAGAAACAUUUGUCUUCAAUUUAUCAGUUUUUUAUGUAAUUUCUGUCUUAAUCAUUGACAAACUGCUAAUUUUACUCAUAUCGUGCAUUUAAACAUAGGCAUAAUAAGCAUUUAAAUAAUAUUUUAUUGCAUAAGAAAAACCAAGCGAGACCAAUGAAGCAAGAUUGUGAACACAAAUAUUCCAUAUAAGGUAACGCCUAAUAAUGUCUUAUUUAAAAAAAAGAGAAAAGAACUUGUAAACGUAGAUCUCAGCUGUAUACGCAGCAUCCUUUAUCAAAAGAAAAUAAUAGAUAUCUUAUACUUAACGUAAUAAAUAAGAGUUUACCUCAAGCGAAGAUGAUUGUACAAUAGAACGCGACAUGGAAAAGAAUUGUGAAGAGAAGUGCCUUGCAAAACUUUUAUCUAUCUCACUAUCACAUACGAAUAUUAACAUGCGUAAGAGACUGCAAAACUUUUUCGUGGAUAAAUAUGCAAACAAUUUGUUGUAAACGCUUAAAUUGCAUCGAAAAAAAAAA